AGGUACAUGUAUGCUCCUCGAUUUUGAUCUUAUUUAAGUUUAUUAUAUAGAGACAGCUAUUCUAAUGUACUGCGACAAUAAAUUAUUUAAAAAAGAACAAAACAAGAGAGCAGUGACAGGGACCUUCAUACAAAAGCUUUAAGCUUUGUAUUUCGAACAUGUAAACAGACAAAUAAACAAGAAGUGCGUUUAUCUACGAUUAUCUACUUCUAAGUUAGAAAUGGACUAACAAGUUAGGGUAUAGUUUUCAAACCACGAAGAAAGAUGUCCUCACUUCAUCCAAUCAAGGAGGAGUUUGUUCUAGAAAAUGACGACGACGAUGACUUUGAUGAAGAAGAUGAAGUGGAUCUGACACAGCUGGUAGUGCUGCGGGCCAGAAAGUUUUCCGUACGGUUCCUGAAAGGUUUUGGCAGCGGGUUAGGAGUUUACACGGGAAUCAAGAUCGUCACUUCCUUGAUGAGAAAUCCAUUCAGAGAAAGUCUGCCAAAGAUCCGAGCGGAAAUUCUCGCAAAGGACAGUUUCAAGUUUGCGGCAUUCCUCGGACUUUUUCCAAGUAUAUAUGACCUCAUCGUGGAGCUUCUCGAGCACUACCGAGGACGCAGGGACGACUUCAACAGUGCCAUUGCUGGAGGAGUUGCAGGUCUAUCAAUGGUUGUGGAAGAUCGCACGAGGAGACGCAUUUAUUGCCUCUUCGCCAUCGCACGUGCUGUUGGUGCCAUGGUAACGACGCUAGUGAAGCGUGGACUUAUACCCGCUGUUCCAUAUAGUGAGACUGCUCUAUUCUGUUCAUGUACAUCAUUUCUAGUCUAUUGCACAGCUCUGAAGCCGCAGUAUCUGUUCACUGGGUACUACCGUUCAGUUUUAAAAUGGUCACGUGACUAUACCGAUAAAAAACUCAAUGUUCUAUUCCGGGAACCAGGAACUAAGUUCCUGACGUGCGCAGAAGCUGGCCUUCAUGAGCAAAGUUGUACCUACCAUGCAUUCAAAGACUUUCUACAGAGUUUGCCACCAUUUGCGAAACUGUAUCUACCAAUUCACAUGGCACCGAUAAUUUUCUUUAGAUACAAGCAGUUUCUUAAAAGGCCAAAGCGAAGUCUUACUUCCUUACUGAAAAAUAUAGUCUUUUCUACUGCGUUUCUCGCUACCAUGGUGAUGUUAGCAAAAUACGGAAUAUGUCUCCUGCGCAACUUCCAGUUCCGAGAACCGCCAUUGUCUCCAUGGAUACCUGCAAUGGCUGGUUUCGUUGCUGGGCUCGGCGUUCUGUUUGAACGGGAGAACAGGCGCAGAGAGCUUUCUCUCUUUCUGAUUCCACACACAUUGUACGCAGUAUACCUCUGGGCAAAGGAAUAUGGAAUUAUCAGACAUAUCCCGCAUAGUUCAUUAUUUAUGUAUGCCAUAGCUAUGGUUCCCAUAAUGCAUGCGUAUGAGCGAGAACCGGAAUCGCUGAAUCUUCUGCUGCAUAGCGCUCUAAAGUUUUUUGUAGGAAAGAGACAGAGUACCAUAGAAAGGAAAAAACGAAGAACAGUGAGUGAGAUGAGCAUGUAGGGUUUCGACAGAACCACCAUAUUUAGAGUGUAAACAAUCAUAUCAUUGACUAUACGUAUAUACAUUUGACGUGAAACUUGCUAAACUGCUCAUACAACUGCGGCCAAAGUUCUUCACUGUUGCUUUGUUAGGGCCGUGAAACGUAUGUGUACAUAAAAAUAAACGAUA